AUGAUCCUCUCUGCGCUAUUAACCUUAGUGGGAAUUAAUCUGGGUCUAUGUUUGCUAUUCUUCACUCUCUACUCUAUUCUGAGGAAGCAACCCAGUAACGCCAAGGUUUAUGCACCGCGUUCUGUUGCUGCAAAAGGAGCACCAGCUGAAACAAAUGGCUUCGAUUUCGAUAGAUUGUUGCCCACUGCGGGUUGGGUGAAACGGGCAUGGCAGCCCUCUGAAGAUCAGCUCCUGUCUGUCACCAGUUUUGAUGCCGUGGUGUUUAUGCGCAUUUUCAUCUUCAGUUUGAAGGUGUUUGGGUUUGGUGGGAUUAUUGGGGUUUUUGUUCUUCUGCCAAUAAAUUUUCUGGAGACCCAGCUGGAGGUGGAUUUUUCGGAUUUGCCCAACAAGUCUUUGGACUCGUUUAGUAUUUCGAAUGUGGAUGAUGGCUCAAACUGGUAUGUAUGUGGUUCUUAUGGGAGGGUGGUUGAAAAUUGUGGGAAAUACUGA